GAAAGUUGUAAGACUGUUAAUAUUAAUAUAUCUUCAGAAAUAAAUUAUUACAUUGGUGGCAGCGGCAAACAAAAUAUAAAGAAUGUCUAGCGCUGAAUUACUUCAAGAAAUUGAGAGACUUACCAAGCGUGUUGAGGAACUGGAGAAGACAGAAAACAAUGCGACGCCAUCGUCGAGUUUAAACCUGCCCGUACCCUGGUUGCCAGAGGUUCUGUAUCUUUCGCCUUAUUCCCGCUCGUAUAUUUAUUUUACGCGAGGCGAAGAGAACCUCUGGUGGCACGCGAUACAAAUCUCACUUCCAUGCUGACGUUGCCGUUUGAGAACUUGCAAAACCGGUUUUAUAUUUUGUGACGUUUUUAAACUUCCGGGUUUGUCAUACUACCAAAAUAGCUCUCUUCAGACAGCCUUGUGUAAAACUCGGUGUAAAAUACUGAAAAUAAGCAGCCGAAACAUGUAGAUUAUUCAUUAGAAACAUAUAGAUUAUUCUCGCAACGUACAAAGCAAAAAGCAACCUUACUGAUUGUGGAAUGCCGUUUGUAUUAGGUCUAUUUAUAGCGAACGUAUAAAGUCCAAAGUGAAAGAAUACAAACAUAUAAAUAUUUAUAUAUAUACGUGUGCAACGGAGCCAGUAUGGUUGUCCUUAACAGACAACGGGAAAAUAUUGGCAAAAUAAAUCAUAUUAAUAACUAUUAAGUCAAAGAAUUGACAAAAUUUAAAACCUUGAACGAUAUAAAGCAAGUGACCGACACUUUAUAUUUUACAAAUAUUACUACUGUAAUAGAUUGAACAUGUCAUGCCCUCGACUCAAGUCAUGCCGCGAUGGCACUGCAACUCUUCUCCAGCGCAGAAAGUCUUUUUUAAUAGCCGAACAAACUAAGUCAAACUCAAAUAACCCACACUGAGUAAUUUUAACACGUUCGUAUUAUUUCUGUAUUUUGUUUACACAUGUCUCUUGAAGAUUUAUAAACAGGUUUUUUUGUCUAGCCAAUCACAUCACUUCAUGUGACUGCUAAUUAUAACUAACCAAUCAUGUGCUUGGUACAAAUUUUGUACCAAAGGAAGAGAGAUUUGUAUCGCGUGCCACCAGAGGUUCUCUUCGCCUCGCGUAAAAUAAAUACGAGCGGGAAUAAGGCGAAAGAUACAGAACCUCUGGCAACCAGGGUAACCUGCCCGUGGUUCAAGUAAAUAAUCAGAAAGCAAAGCCAGAUAACUACUCGGACGGCCCGUGGAACGAGUGGAUUAGUCACUUCAAGCUGUGUGCUCAGAUAAACAACUGGGGCGACACACAGUGUUGCCAACAGCUAGCUGUUUCUCUUCGCGGUAGAGCUCAGCGAAUCUACUUGACGCUUCAAGAUAACGAGAAGACGUGUUUUGACGACCUAGUGAACGCACUACAGUCUAGAAUUCAGCCAGACCAACAAAGGAAAAUCCACAAGCUGACCUUCAAUGCGAGGAAACGAAAACACGGGGAGAACAUUGUAGAUUUAGCAACUGAUCUGCGACAACUCGCUGCACUGGCGUACCAAAACAAGGAUAAGUCGCUUGUCGAGGAGCAACUCGUUGAACAAUUUAUCCGUGCCCUCGACAGUAAGGAACUACGUAUCGGAGUGAGUCAAAGUGACCCAAAAUCUCUCGAUGAAGCUGUAAAACUAGCGUUACGUCUGGAAAGUAUUCAUUUGGCUGAAAUGAAAAACAACAACACCGCGAAAAUCAACAUGGCGGGAGACGAGCGAGAUACCGCUGGCUUCGACAUGGCGGGCGCGAGAGAUAAACGAGAUACCGCAGGCCUCAACAUGACGGGCGCGAAAGAGGAAGAUCAAUCAACACCACGAUGGGCGAAAAAGUACUUUGAUCAACAAGCGGAACUGAUGGAUAAAAUGAGUAAAUUUCUUGUGAACAAACCAAAUACGGCCUCAUACCCAAGACGUCAAAGGGGAAAUAGCCAGUGCUACCGUUGUGGAAAAUAUGGUCACUUCGCACGAGAAUGUCAAUCGCAGAAUCAGGGAAACGCCUACAGGGCGGGCGCUUUAUAGAGCCUCCGCCCGCGCCGAAACGUGUUGAAACCGCUGAGUUUAGGAAUAAAGGCAAAGCUAGUGCAACAGACGACGCCACAAUAUUUGUGAACUGUCGAGUUAACGGGUACUAUGUUAAAGCUUUGGUGGACACUGGCGCAGCCGUGACUAUCAUGCACGAGGAUUUACUGGCGCGAGUACGUAAUAAAGGAACAGAAGUGAGACGCGCGACAAAAACAAUCGUGGGUGCGAACAAUACGCCUUUAAAUAUAAUUGGAAUUGCCGAGAUAGACAUUUCAGUAUGCGGGAAUUCAGUAACUCAUGACGUUUUAAUUUGUAACGAUUUAGCACAAGCAAUGCUAAUUGGAGUAGACUUCUUAAAACCUAAUAAGUGCGUAAUAGAUUUCGAGAAGAAUACAUUACGAAUAAAAAGAGAAGAAGAAACAUUGUCUUAUUCAAACGAGCGUAAAGUAUGCCGGGUUACAAUUGCCCAGUCUGGCGUUUUGCCAGGAAAUUCAAUGAUAACUAUUGCAUGUAAAGUGGAGAAUGGAACGAUUCAGAACAAUAAAAGUGGAGUUCUUGAGCCCAUGGUGCGAUUUGAAGAGCGCUAUAAAACUGGAAUAUUGAAGGUUGCUGCAACGAUACAGAAUGGACAAAUACCUGUGAGAUUAUUUAACCUCGGUCCGAAAGGAAAAACAAUUUACAAAGGAAGCACUGUUGGAGAAUUUUGGCCAUUGUUAGAAGAUAAGAAUACAGAAACGGAAAACUGCUACUUUAUUGACACGCACAUCAUCGAGACUGAUAAAAAGCUGAUGAAAGGUGGAGGGCUUUGCUCGGUGGCAACGCCAAGUCCAGUGACAAAAGAAAAUAUGGACAUGGUUAAAGAACGUUUUCCAAUAGUAAACGAUUCAUUGUUAGAGAGCGAGAAAGAAAGCGUAUACAAGGUACUAGCACGUCAUACUGUUAUAGUCUCGGGGAAUAAAACGGACUUGGGAGAGGUGAGAGAUGUCCAACACUUUAUUAACACUGGUCAACAUAUCCCAGUUAAAGCUACACCGCGUAGAUUUCCGUUUCAUAAGCGUGAGGUUGUACGAGAAGAAGUGGAAUCGAUGCUUGCAAGCGACGUGAUUGAACCUUCCACAUCCCCUUGGUCGGCUCCGGUGGUGCUGGUGAGAAAAAAAGACGGGAGCGAGCGUUUCUGUAUCGACUACCGUAAACUGAAUGCGAUUACGAAGAAGGAUGUUUUCCCUCUACCGAGAUGCGACGAAAUAUUAGAAUCGCUUUCGGGGGCAGCCUACUUCACUCAUCUGGAUCUAGUGCGAGGUUAUUGGCAAAUCAAAGUCGCGGAGCAAGAUCGCGAGAAAAAAGCUUUCUCCACACCAGACGGACAUUUUCAGUUUAAAAGAAUGCCUUUUGGGUUGACUAAUGCACCGGCAACAUUUCAACGAGCUAUGAAUACGAUUUUGGCGGGACUGUGCUGGACUGACUGUGUUGUAUAUUUGGAUGACAUUAUUGUGAGUGGGAGGACACUAGAAGAGCACAAUCAGCGUCUUGAGAACGUAUUAGCAAGAUUAGAAACUGCAGGGUUGAAAUUGAACGCAAGAAAAUGUGAGUUUAUCCAACAGCGGAGUGUUAUUUUAGGACAUGUCGUUAGUAAGGAAGGGAUCUCGACUGAUCCGGAUAAGGUGAAAGUCCUGGAGAAAUGGCCUACUCCAAACAACCUAUUGGACUUGCGUUCGUUCCUUGGCUGCACGGGUUACUACAGGCAAUACAUCCGGGAUUACGCCAGAAUUGCCGAACCACUUUAUAGACUUGAACGAAAGGGAACGGUUUUUAAGUGGAACGACGAUUGUCAGAAAGCAUUCAACAUUCUAAAGACAAAAUUGAUAACGGCCCCAAUACUGUCCUACCCGAGACUCGACAUUCCUUUUAUUCUUGAUACUGAUGCCUGUGAUACGGGGAUUGGAGCUGUGUUGUCGCAACGCCAUGGAGAAGACGAAAAGGUUAUUGCCUAUGCCGCCAGGUCCUUAUCACAAGCGGAAAGGAACUAUAGUACUACUAGGAAAGAACUAUUGGCCCUUGUAUGGUCGAUGGAACAUUUCGCAUCCUAUUUAAUAGGAAAACCAUUCCGAGCACGUUCUGAUCAUAAUGCACUGAGGUGGAUAAGAAAUUUUAAGCAACCUAAAGAACAAGUAGCACGAUGGAUUGAAAGAUU